AUGGCGCCAACAGCAUCCACCCCUUCUGGCCAGAAAGACCAAAGCAUUCCCACAACGCGUUACCAUUCCACCUCGAGUGCUCUUGGCAAACUAUACCAACCAUUCAAAUGUCCCGGCGCAGCUUGUCCAAGGACUUCUUCGUCGGACAGAUCAUCACGGAAACGGAGGAGGGUAGACUAUUCUGGUACAGAUGGUGAUUCCUCGGAAGACAAGUCCUACACCAACAAUGAUCGUUUAGCUCUCGCAACACGGGAUGUCAAUAAAUACCCCGUCUACAGAGCGAAAGAGAAGCACCUUGUCUUUCGCAAGGCAUUUUCUGUGCCCCUCAAGGAUAAGAGUACCGCUUCAUACAACCCAAACAGACCGCCUCCCACUUUGGGCUUAAGGCAAGGCGCUGUGGUUUCUCCGAGGCCGUUGCAUGAUCCAAGUGGCGAGUUCGCGAUCGUAUUAUAUGAUCCUACGGUUGAUGGAAAACCCGACAACAGUCAGGAGUCCGAGAAGCUGAAUACUACAGCAAAUGACAUUCAGAAGCCGCAAUUGGAUGCCCCACUAGUCCAUAAAAGCUUAGCAGAAAUUCUGGGCAUCAGAAAGAAAGUGACCAAAGAACAGCCUCAGGUACCUGUUGUUUUAGAUCCAAAGCUCGCAAAGAUUCUUCGUCCGCAUCAAGUUGAAGGCGUCAAGUUCAUGUAUCGCUGUGUUACUGGAAUGAUUGAAGAGAAGGCGAACGGCUGCAUUAUGGCCGAUGAAAUGGGAUUGGGGAAGACACUGCAAUGCAUAACUCUUAUGUGGACUUUACUUAAACAGUCGCCUGAAGCGGGAAAGCCGACAAUUCAAAAGGCAAUCGUUGUUUGUCCAGCAAGUUUGGUCAAAAAUUGGGCGAAUGAGCUGACCAAAUGGCUUGGUGCUAAUGCCAUCACGCCGUUUGCUAUCGACGGAAAAGCUUCAAAGGAAGAAUUAACAAGACAACUCCGACAAUGGGCCAUUGCAUCUGGUCGAUCAGUUACCAGGCCAGUUAUAAUUGUGUCAUACGAAACCCUCAGGCUCAAUGUUGAGCAGUUGAAGCACACCAAAAUUGGUUUGCUCUUUUGCGACGAGGGUCACCGACUCAAAAAUAGCGACAGUAACACUUUCAAUGCACUGAACAGCCUUGACGUUUCUCGAAGGGUUAUUCUCACCGGAACGCCGAUUCAGAAUGAUCUCACGGAGUACUUCUCCCUUACAAGCUUUGCUAAUCCAGACUUGCUGGGAUCACGUUUAGAAUUCCGAAAACGAUUUGAAAUUCCAAUUCUACGUGGGCGAGAUGCGGAUGCUUCCGAAUCAGAUCGCCAGCGUGGAGAUGUGUGCACAGCAGAGCUUCUCGGAAUAGUGAACAAAUUCCUUAUCCGCAGGACCAACGAUAUACUGUCAAAGUAUUUACCCGUCAAGUACGAACACGUGGUGUUUUGCAGUGUCUCUCCAUUUCAGGAAAGCCUGUACAAUUACUUCAUCACUAGUCCGGACAUCCAAGCGUUGCUCCGAGGGAAAGGAAGCCAGCCACUGAAAGCCAUCAAUAUCUUGAAGAAGCUAUGCAAUCACCCGGAUUUGCUUAAUCUGAGUGACGAUCUGCCUGGGUCUGAAUGCUGUUUCCCUCCAGAAUACAUACCGAAAGAGGCUCGUGGUCGAGACCGUGACGUAAGACCUGAGUACUCGGGGAAGAUGAUGGUGCUAGAUCGAAUGCUGGCUCGGAUACGUCAAGAUACCAACGACAAAAUUGUGCUCAUUAGUAACUAUACAUCAACAUUAGAUCUAUUUGAGCGCCUAUGCCGGUCUCGAGAGUAUGGUUGUCUUCGACUAGAUGGCACGAUGAACGUGAACAAGCGCCAAAAACUUGUGGAUCGCUUCAACGACCCGAAUGGCGAAGAGGUUGUCUUCUUGCUCAGCAGCAAGGCGGGUGGAUGCGGCAUCAACCUAAUUGGAGCAAACCGCUUGGUACUUUUUGAUCCCGAUUGGAACCCUGCCGCCGACCAGCAAGCAUUAGCCCGAGUCUGGCGUGAUGGCCAGAAGAAAGACUGCUUCGUUUAUCGUUUCAUUGCAACUGGUACGAUAGAGGAGAAGAUCUUUCAACGUCAAUCGCACAAGCAAAGUUUGUCAUCUUGUGUUGUUGACUCGGCGGAAGAUGUUGAAAGGCAUUUCUCCCUUGACAGUCUCCGAGAGCUAUUCCAGUAUCGCCCAAAUACCACAAGCGACACGCAUGACACGUUUAAAUGCAAGAGAUGCAAGCCAAAUGGCAAGCAGCACGUAAAGGCUCCAGCAACCCUGUACGGAGACACAAGCACCUGGAAUCACUUUGUCAAUACAUGUCUACAGUCCAUUCAAGAUCUGCUUUUGAGGCAGGAACAUGGUCUGGGGCAAGUUUCAGCGGUUUUCCAGUAUAUAUCACACUAG